AUAAGGCAAACUAUCAAGUAGAAUCAGAAAAACGGAAACAGACCGAUCGUACGGGCCGCAGUAUCGUCUUCCUCUCGUUCUUUCUCAAUUAAAAUAAUCUACAUUACUUAUAUUUCGGUGAAAACCGAUACAUUGGAAUAAAGACACUCGCAUUACUAGUGUUACGCUUUGUGACGAACUUGCUUUUCGUUCUGCAAAUUGAAACUAUUACCUUGCUGUCACCGAAAUGGCAAGACACGCUCCUUGGACGACCAUGAUCUUUGCUACAAUAAUCGUUGCCUCUUUACUUGGAUUAAUCGUCGAAACCGCGGCGACGAUAGCUCAACCAAAGGCACCUAAUUUUCAGUAUUUUGAACGGCCUAAAUAUCGCUACCCAUACUAUGAUGAAAAUGGCAGGGGAAAAUUACUCUAUGGUUAUGGAGGACCAGAUCUGUAUCAAUACAAAACUUUCAGUGCCCUUGAGGGAAUUCAUUAAGAUAAGGAGUAUUAAAUUGCGCUAUUAAGACAUCUAGUUAAUAAUCAUUCUAUGAGUUGUGAUUAUUAUCAUAUAGGGUGAUCGUUUGUGAAAUGACAUAUAGUACAUACACGAUUUUGCUUCGGAUUACAAGAAAAUGAUUACAUAUAUUCUAUGUUGCACAAUAAUAACAUACAAUAUGUAACUUUUAAUACUUUCAUUAUAUCCUUACAUCUUUUCUUGUUAUCAGAAACACAUCGAGUCACGCUAUGGAAUUAAGGAACAUUACAAGAUCAUUUAUUCUCCCAAUCAUAACCAAUUGUAUUUUUAAAUGCAAUCAAUCGAUAUGCUUAAUUACGUUGUAAACAUGUAAAUAUUAUGUUUCUUCGCCGCGGGUUAUGAAUCCUUUUGUUCGACAAUACGAGUUCGCGAAAGUAGAAAUGAGUCUAUGUAUUUAUCUCUAAAGACAAAUUACUUCGUUAGUCAGAUGAAUGAAAAAAUGUAUUAGACAUUAGAAUAUUAUAAAUCGAUGCAGAAAUUACUACAAA